GAAAAAACGAAUAUGUUGACAACAAUCAGUGUAGUUAUAUCAAGAAAGCACAGGAGGAUUCACCUUCGUCUUCCGCACCGGUUUCAGCAUCAGCACCAGCACAGCCGCAACGACGACAGGCUAAGCCACAAAGUACCCGGGGGCCAGGGCAAGGUGGUAGAGCUUCCUCCGUAUGCACAGACCGAAGGAGCACUUCCCUCAGACCGGUAGAGCGGCCGAAGGACCUUGAUCUUGAUUUCCUGAGGAGUGUGGGCGAAAAUCGAAAAAAUCAGGGUUCGCGACGUGCGCAAUCUGCGCAGCCGCAAAGAAGAGAGCAGCCGCUGUUUAGUGGAGCUUCUACCUCAUCAGGAACAGGAUCGGCAAAAAUUAGGGCGCCAUCCCUAAGAGGAGAUUCCCAAGACUCCUCAAGGAGGGCCUCCCCCCACAGGCCGCGAGCGUCAUCAUCAGCUCGCGAUCCAAAAAGGGCUAUCUCCAUGAUUCCUCCAGGCUCUAAGGGAGUGAGUCCUCAGUUGUCCCGAACAGCGGCGGUUGCAUCAAUACGAGGAGAGGCGGGUGCGUUUGAAGCGUCGAUUUCGUCGGGUAGCAGACGUGAUGAAUCAUCGCAAGGCGGUCGUGCAUCCCACCCCAAGCGCAUCAGUCACAGUGUGCCAGCACCAUCGCGACAGCGUGGUAAGCCUGGAGAGGAUUUGACGAAAAAUAUGAAAGAACCUGCAGUUGCAGGUGGUUGUAGACCAAAUUGUAAGCAAGGACUAGCACCCUCAGUGGCUGGCAGGUCCGGGUCGUCUUCUCAGGGGCCAAACAGAGUUAAGACAAAAACACCAAGAGCAUCCUAUUCGGCAGCAUCCUUUUUGAUAACGCUUUCUCCCUCAGUAAGUGUAAGGAAAAAAUAAGAGGCCAAGAAGGAUACUGUUUGAGAGGCGAGUGCAGUAGCUCUAAGUCUAAUCAAACCUUUUCCGGGUCCGCCACUGGUACAUCAAUUCAUACUACUGCUAAAAUAAAUCAUCAUCAUGAUGAUACUGAUAGAGCAGAUAGAACAAGUCAGGCACUCGCAAUUGCUUCCGGGCCUCCGCGACGCGGGAACCUCAAUCGGAUAGCAGAGCAUGAGGAACGGGAACAACUGCUGGUGGAGACUAUUUUGCCAGUUCUUAAUGCACUCUUUACUUAAGGCUAGAACACCUCUUGUUCAACAUCUACCAACCUAGUGUUGUCGUGGGCUCGUCAAUAUUCUCAGAGACUGGAGGAUGAGGGAUCCAUCUUCCCCAGCGGAGCAUCAUCUCUGAAUAGGCUCAGGGGUUCCUCUAUUUUGUUCCCCAGGAUUGGAUAGGCUAUAAGUUCACUCAUUUUAUUUCACAGGACGCAAAUACCACGGAUGAUGACGAACAAUCUACCACUAAUCCAACGUCGAUCAGAUGGCCUUUUUGUCACGAGUUUUCGAGCGCUUUGCAUCUAUGCUCUGCCGUAGCGGUGUUACGAGGUGCAUGCCAAGUAGUCGUGCCGGCACAGCACUGCAGCAAAGAGACGACGUGCACUUUUCUAGUGCGAUGCGGAGGCACCAGAAUCGUGGCCUCCUGUUCCUCUUCGUUUCCUUUGUGGUUUUAGUAGCGUUCAAACAAGCGGGGUUGGCUGAGUUUACCACGGUCAUCAACGCCACGCCCCCUUCUUCGAACUACGGGACAGCUUCUGAUCAAGAUGAUGCAGGUGGUCACACACUUUUCCAAGCAGAUGAAGUAGAAGAAGACGUUGGCGGUGCUGCUGCUGCUGUUGCCAUGGCAAUGGGUGACGGCAAUCACGGAACUGUCAGUUUUCACGAGCAUGGUCUUGGCAGUGCCUUUAGUGCUCUCGGUGAAGAUGCAACUGGAAGAAGCGAGAAUGGCAAGAGCAGUCGUGCUGCACAUUCAUCUUAUUCGUCGAAAGGUUUCAGCGAUGAAGUUGAAGAUGGUAGGGCUGCUUCAAGUCGAACUAUGAAUUCAUAUAGUUGCAACGUUGCAGGAGACCAACUACACACGACCGCGCCAUGGGUUUACCAGGACAGCCGCAUGAAUAACAACAGUGCAGGCUCUUUCAGCGCAUACAACUGCAUUUCAGAUUCAGAGCAAACCGAACGUGGUCAUACUGCCACGCAAGCUGGUAUGGUUGACAACUUGUCGCUUUUAUCUUCACGAGCGCGUGGACACCGUGAACCACCUCAAGGUGGGCUAUAUGAUGAAGAUCCCGCUACCGGCUACGCACGGCUCCUUCGAGCCACCUGCGAAAGAGAGAGAGGGACAGUCCGUCCUGUGUUUUUCUCAGACAUGACUGAUGCCGAUCAUCACGGUGAUGAUUAUAGCAAUGAUAACAAUUAUGAAUCGGCUUCGCAGUUUGAAGACAUACUAGAGGAGUGGCAAAAAUUCAACGUAGGAGAUGCGGAGUGGUGUCCAGCAGCACCACGUUCUGGAAAGAAAAUGGAGGACUCUUCAUCUUCUGGCACUCCUAAUGCAGGAGUAGGAGGUACAGCUACUGCUCGAAGAUCAAAUUUGAAUGAUCAUGUCGAGAAACCAGGAGGAGUAAGGCUUUGUUCACCCUAAUUCAUUCAUUUCCUCUUAAGCAUCUUGAAGCUGGCUCGUUCUUCCGAGUAAGAGGAAAAGAACAGCUCCGAGAUGAAGCCGAAGGUGGAUUGGAUUGUAGUGAGCUCCUCUAAUGAACUCCUCGUGCGGCGUGGAAUGUAGUGAGGUGAUGCGACUAGCGAUGGAACUGUUCGGAGUAGAGAAAGAUGAGUUGGAUGAGACCCUUCUAGGAGUACUGUGGAGCCAAUCGAACGGCACCCUAAGCCGAUUACAGAGGUGGAUCGCUGGCAAUGUUAGGGGUUGUAAUUGUAAAACAUUUUGGUUUUCAGAUGUAGACACUUAGGUCGUUUAUUUGAUAUUGUUGAUGUUACCGUCAUUUUGGAAUACAGUUGUUUCCCUUUGUUCUUCUUCUUUCACUACAUCAAAGCGGACAACGAACUACGAGAUCUUUAAAAAUUUGAUCCUACUCCUCAUCUUAUCUUUCCGUUUCCGAAGAAAGGGAAAACAUCAGCCUCUAAGAGUUUUACCAGUAAGGACGUGCUGCUCAAUGAGGACGAACUCCUUGGGUCGCUGAUGCUGCUUGCCGAUUACAUGGUUAAUGGACUGCUGUUUUUAUGCUGAAGACUUUCGCAACAACAUCGGUAGUAAUGCUAUUCAUUGGGCGCUACGCCUACGCAUUGGCAUUUCUUGGGGGGUUUGUAGUAGAAUAUGUACCUGGUCGUGUAUAUUCUUUUCCAGCAGCUGAUGUUGUAUAUUAUUGAUGGAUCAUGUUCAUGAUUUUCCUCUUCGUCUUCAUGAACAUGACCAUCUACAUCAAGAAUUAUCUUAGGGUUAUUAGUCAUCUACAACUUCCUUCAUUGUAAUCUCUUUUGUUUUCUCUUUCGUUCUAAUUCUGCUUCCGGGUGUAGUUUACGACGGCGGUGAGUUUGUACUGAAUUUGGGAGUCAGUACAGUCUCUGCGGUGGUUAGCGGGAUGCAAAACACUGUAAAUGCACUCUUGCCGAUUGCGCAGAAAGGAGGCGCUCUUUUGUUAGGGACGAUAUUAACCAUAUUGAAAUUACAGAAGGUGAUAUUUCUAGGGAUAAUAGAGUUGUAACGCUUUCCAAAUCCAAAAACGCCGCUUAUUUUCCAAAGGCAUCCUUGAGGAGGACCUGCAAAAGUCUGUCAAGGAUGUUCCUUUCUCAACAGUAGGACACAGAGUUUAUCUAGGUGUAGAGUCGAGGGAACAAGUGUAGCGUGUGACUGAGGUGAGGGCGAAACUGUACUUUUUACUUUCACAGGGUGCAUUAGCUCUACAGUAGUUGUCAGCAACGUCAGCAACAUGGAAAUAUGCAUGCAUGUAGUUCUAGCAGGUCUAAUUCUGUCCGCAAGUGCACAAGCCGGAUGGAACCAGGUGGGUGAGUUCAAGGAGUCGGCACGUCUAGCGUGGCAGCGAUCGGAUCCGCGAACGAAGGGGAAAGUCACAAUCGCCUCCGUCGGAAUUCCGAUUGUCAUUUUUAUAAUAUUACGGGUGUACUUAUAAAAUUUCGUGAUUAAAGCAGGGUCGUUACUAUGACCACGACGACCUCUGAUUUUGAUUUCAUCAAGGAAAACCUAAAUCAUUUGAGAGAAUGACUAUCCUUUACUAGUGAUUGCUUCCUGAUUGGGUGUACCUAGCUAUUAUAUGUAUCAGUAUCUAUCCUAAAAAAGAGUACCGGAACGCUCCUCAUUCCCUCACGCUUUUUCUACAGGAGAAAGAAAAACUACUUUCUUGCUCUAACGGUCAAAACAAUGUACGAACACCAUGCGAUGAUUCAUGGCCUGCACGACGAGGCCUAUUUCCAGGAUUACAUGCAGAUGUAUCAGUAGGGGCCAAGACCAUGGGAGAAAGAUGCUUACUAAUCGCCGCAGGUGGUCGUGCGGAUGCGGUUUCGGAAACGGAGUUUGUUUUCGAACUGCAGAGUAUUUUUAUUUUCACUCAUCUUGUGAUUUGUUUCAUUUUCAUAGAUACAGGAUUCAUAGUUAUUGUCGUUGUGACGAUGUAGUAACGAGACAGAGCAGGGCAUUCAGAGCCGUUGUACUGCAAUUUCCUCCCCCACGCGUAACACAUGUAAGUAGUUUCUCAAGGUGGUUUACUUAAGAAACUAAAACUAUUUGUGGUUUGUAUUUGGUGGAGUUGUUCUCUUGUCGGCUAUCCGUACUGCACAUAUUCCGCAGAUGAAUCAGUUGAGUUAUUCAUUUCAGUAAUGGCUAUGACAUAAAUUUCACGGUAAGAGUGCUGUCACUCUGAUUCAUAUAUUGUUUGGUCCGCCUCGUUGUCUCCACCUUAUUUGUCUACUUAUUACGAGUUUAUAUCUAUAAUUAGACCGUUGACAUGAGAAUCAAGCUUUACUUCUAACAAAAACUAUUCCUACGAACAAGAUUGCCAUUGCGGAAGAUUAUGUAAUGGGUCUUGAAGUGAAGACGCGUUGAUGGUAUUAUUCUCUUGUUUCGAUAGCAGCAGCUCGCAGUAGAUUCAGUGUAAAUGACGUGUGUUUAUUCGAUAACUUGUACAGACUAUGAUUACCUUCUAGUUCUACUGAUUUGGAAGCAUCAUGAAUGAUCGAAAAUAUGGAUUAUUUUUCUUACAACACCACUUUUUGUCUCUGUGGCCCGGUUUUUUUCCUAUGGCAGUUUGUUAUUGUUUAUUUUGUUCGCGUCGAAUGGCAGAUAAAACUUUGUCGGCGCGUUGCUCGCGACAUCAAUUCCACAUAAAUAUCACGAUGGUCGUAUUAAAAGGGCAGAUUGACAUACAGUCCAUUGUUCACACGCAUCGCUACUCACAAGAAUGAGAACACUGAUGAAGAUGCCUGAAAAUCCUGCUCUUUUCAUAGAAACUCGAUUGGUAGCUGAAUUCUUGCGAUGCUUUCGCACCUGUCGAGCUGGCUUAAGCAAGACCCAGCGAUGAUUACUGAAUACUCUUGACAGUGUUUUGUAGUGGCGGAUUUGCGGUGUAAUUAUUGCAACCUUUCUGCAGCUCGCAC